CUUGGGCAUGUGAGGUUUCAGUUCAGCAUUAUUCCGUCCACACCAGCUGAUGGCGGUAUGGUACAUACUUCUGUUGCCAGAAUAUUACUACAAAGAAGAACGGAAACGCAACAGCGCAUGUGUAUGCUAUCAUGGCGUCGGCGGCUGUGAAAUGAAAAACUGCGAUACGUGUUAGAAAAGUUGUGAAAUUGUUCCAACAGUGUUUUUUAAAACAACCGAAAUGGGUCAUUGGUCGUGAUUUGUUUUGAAGUGUGUGUUUCUGUUCGGACAGUGUGCCUCCCAGCAGCAGAGGGAGAAGCAUGACAGCUAACGAGGACCAAGAGAUGGAGCUGGAGGCUCUUCGCUCCAUCUAUGAGGGGGAUGAAGUUUUUAAAGAAAUUAGCCCAGUGUCCUUCCAGUUUAGGAUAGGUGAGCUAGAAGACUCCAAGGCGUUCAUCCUGGACGUCACAUGGCCAGAAACGUACCCUGAGACGGCCCCGCAAAUCUCCCUCGAUGCCUUUUUUAACAAUAGAAUCUCUGCAGAGACAAAGCAGCUGAUCCUGUCGAGGCUGGAGGAGCAGGCGCAAGCCAACCUGGGCACUGCCAUGAUGUACACUCUUUUUGAGUGGGCCAAAGAAAAUCAGGAGUCCCUCAUGGAAAACCAUAAGGCUGUAGUGACAGCUGUGACAUUAGCGUCCAACAGUGACAACACCACCAGCAGCCCCAUUGCCAGGAAGAAGGAGAAGAAAGAGCAGCUGACAAAAGCUCAGAAGAGAAGGAUGAUCAGCAGAACAGAUAACAAAGGAGAACUGCCAAGAGGCUGGGACUGGGUGGACGUCAUCAAGCAGUUGAGUAAAACAGGAGGAAAAGACGACGACUAACUGGGAGCGGACGUAUCCGGUUGCUGCUUUACACGGAGAGAUCGCAGUGAUGUGAGGAAAACCACGCAGCUCCUUCUGCUCUCGUAAAGUCGCAGCCUCGGAGGCGAACACAGACGGCUACGUUACCGGCUACGCACGUCCGAGACUUGCAUAAUAGCAGAACCGUUCGCUGUGUUGUUUCUGUUGUCUGUCAAACGAACAUCUCCGGCGCACCUUGUUGUGCAGUCUUCGCUUAAACGCUAUCAUGAUCCCAGCCUUCAGUGACUCUCAAAUGUUGGACGGUGGUUCUGAACGAAUGUGUUAAAUGUUACAUAUACAUUAAAACGGUAUUUCAUGGAAAUAAAUUUUAGAUUCUGUUUAAUUUAUGUGAUAAUUAUAUUAUUAUAAUUAUGUGAUUUAUAAACCAUGAAUCAGGUUCUGUGCCACUUAGGUAAGAGCUCCUAGAGGGCGCUGCUCACACCGACCAGGUCAAUAUCCUCCACUGCCUGGUGUGUCAGCAGUGUUAUCGCCUGCAGACUUUUGUCAGCACUACUGCCACCAACUGGUUUAUUUACAUUGCCGACUUACUGCCAGUGCUCCCAUCUAACAUUUGGGUUUUUACAAGUCACUUAAGAAUGUUGGCCAAAGCAUUAUUUUAGCUGCUUCUUUUUUCCAUGAAAUACAGUACUUUGUGGUGCACAUUUUAUCUGGUAUAACUCAUCCAUCUGUUUUGAUAUUACUAAAAAAAUUGGUUUUAAAAAGGUGCUGACUCUUUUUUUCUGUUGAAAACAUACCAAUGUCCAUAUGAGUGCAUUAGAUUUUUUUUAAUCUUUUGUGGGUCUUAAGACUAAGAUGGAGUAUUAGAGCCAUGUUGAGGAUAAAAAAUUAAAUAAAAAAAUUAUGUUGUAUGUUUGCAAGACUUAAGUCGUAAGUACGCGAGAAUGAAGUCGCAUGUUUGCAAGAAUAGAGCUGAAGGUUUGCAAAACUAAAGUCACAAGUGCACGAAAAGUCGCAAGCGUGCAAGAGUAAAAUCAUACAUUAAAAUAAUGGCAUAAUAUUAGCGGAAAUGUAAAAAGACAGGCAACGAGUCAGUAGGUGAGUGUGAGUGAGAUGUGAUGCUGAUGAGUCAAAUGAUGAAGUAUCUUUUAUUUUGGAAAACUACUCAAGUUAAACUUUUCACCGACUUACAAUUAACGCUGUUUGCUUUUCCCUUUGUCUCCCCUAAAACACAUCAUCUAAACAACUUAAUUCUCAUAAAUUUAUGACUUUAAUCACCUAAAUGUAUUUAAUUUAUUUUUUUAUUCUCAAGGUUGCACAAAUACUUCAUAUUAAGAGACCCACAAAAUGUUUUAGGUCAUUUUUUUUGAAGGAUCUUAUUUGCUUUUUAUUUUGUGUUGGAUAAAUAAACACAUUAUUUCCACAAAAUAUACCAAGGUCAAAUUGUCAUCAUCAGUCCCUGUCAUCAUAACUUUAACUGGAAUAGGUAGGAUUCUGUCCUGUCAGACAGUUGCAGGUUUGAAUCCACCUACAUUUUAACACAGGUUAGUGUUUAAAUUCUGCCAAAUAACCACAGCAUGUGGAUUUCAAAUGUGAUGGUGCCAUAAUAAAGAGGAAAGCUGA